AUGGUGGCCGCUCGCUCCAGGCUGCUCUCCGUCGCUGUCCUCCUGGCUGCGGGCGCCUUUGUGGCGACCACCUUCGUGCCCCCGCCCGCUGCAGCACCUCGGGCGCCGCCCUCCGACUUGCCUCCGGUGCAGCACGCUGCGCUGCUCGGGGUGGCGGCGGCCGCCGUGCCAACAGCGGCGCAUGCGGCCAAGGCUUUCGACCCGGUGGACACCAUCUUCAAGCUGGUCGCGCUCGUGGCGGUCCUCGUGGGGCCCAUUAUCGCCUUCUUGGGCUUGCAGUUCAUCCUGCCCCAGGCCGACAUGUCGAAGUGA